AUGAAAAUAUUCCUCAUCAACGGUCUCUUAGCAGCCUUGCUUAAUUCCGGUAUCAACGCUGCAUGGGUGCUCUGCUAUCUAGCACUCAACCCGCAGUGGAAAGAGCGAGUGCGCGCAGAAGUCGAUGGGGCCAUUUUGAAACACUCAACCGGCCCGUCCCAAACUCCGGUGGACAUCCUCGCCAAACUCACUCUCGAUGAAUGGGAAUCUGAGUUCCCGGUCAUCAACAUGUGCCUGCAAGAGUCUAUUCGCCUACAGACUGUUGGAACCGCAUUUCGCAAGAAUGUCGGCGACAAGGCUGUAAAGAUCGGGAGCACAGGAGAGAUCGUGCCCAAAUAUGGUUUUGUUGCCUUUCCUGUUGACGAUGUGCAUAUGAAUUCUGAGAUAUAUUCUGAUCCAAUGAAGUUCGAUCCUGGGCGGUAUGCGCCUGAUAGGGCGGAGGACAAGAAGGUGCCUUUGGCUUUUGUGGGCUGGGGUUCCGGCCGCCAUCCUUGCUGUAAGUCUCCAAACAUUCUUCAGCCUGCCUAA